CCGAGGCCUGGUUGACAUGGACAAUCUGUGUGCUUGAUAACACAAGCUUCUUGUUAUCUCACAAGAUCGUCAAAAUGGAUGACAGUACUACGUCGAACGAAAUCUGGCCAGUUAAAUAUACUGGAUUGUCAUAUGGACUUCUGGUAAUAAACUGUUCUGCAGUACUUUUUUAUUUGAUUGGUAGAGUUGCGGCUGCCUGUAUUUCGGAAUCUGCGAAACACGCACCUUGGAGAUGGAAAAAUACGAUAGUGUCAUUUACGCACGCUUGCAUCAGUGGUAGCUGGUCUAUUAUGUGCUUUUACGAGACGCCAAAACUUGCAGAAGACAUGAUAACAACGUAUUCUUCAUUUUCCUACACUCUGAUUUCAUUUUCAGUCGGCUACUUUGUGUAUGAUGUGGUGGACAUGCUGCUGUACCAGCGGACCAGACAAAGCCUUGAACUCCUCGGGCAUCAUGCAGUGCUCCUCAUGUGUUAUAUGGUUGCCAUAACAACACACAUGUAUGUGGGCUACGCAGUGGUUGGGCUCAUAGUUGAGGUGAACAGCAUCUUCCUCCACCUCCGGCAGAUCCUGCAGAUUCAAGGUUUUCAAAAAGAUAACAGUUUCUACAGGAUGAACAGUUUGAUUAAUCUUGGCACCUUCAUUGUGUGUCGCAUCACGCUGCUGGCGUGGAUGACGCGGUGGAUCGUCAUCAACAAGGACCAUGUUCCCCUGUUGUUCUACACGAUGGGCAGCGUGGGGCUGGCCGUUCUCACACUGAUGAACAUAAUCCUGUUUUAUCGUGUGUUGAUGAGUGACUUCGUCAGGAAGAAGGACACACGUUCCAAGAAUGAGUAGGUGGCCGAGAGGUGAUAACCUGAAGCUUGGUCUUGCCAUUCCUUGAUGCCAGUCUUCUCCAUGUUCGCAGAAUUUGUUCUGAAGAGAAAUUGAUCAAAUCCCAUGUAUGCACACUGGGAAUCCUUAAGAUUUUUGUACAUUGAUUCUGCUCACAUGUUGAGCACUGCCCAGUGGAAGCCAUACUGGCUGUUGGUGACACAAUGGUCAUGAUUGCCCUGAGGCUAGAAGGAGCAGCGGCAGCAGCAGCGCACAACUGUGGAAACGAUCGUCUGCAGUGUGUGUUGUUGGUCAGUGGCCAGUCCUUUGUGAGUAUCUUAAUCCAGUUGAGUGUAAACAUGGAAGUAGCUACAUCCAAGAGAGGAGGAUUCUGAUUGGUUCCCACCUUCGCUGUCUGUAUCUCUGUAUCACCCCAGUGCUUGUGGGGUUUACAAUGUGUGCAUCCUCCAUUAUCAAGUGUACAAUGCCUCCAUUCUGUUAUUUGUGAAAAAUACCCUCGACCCAUUUGCUAACCUUGCUCCGUUUUGUAUCUGAUUCAAAUUGUGUGAUGCUAGAUAUGAUCGCACAUUAUGCCCCGAGGGAUCGGUUGACAGGGAAUUUAUCUCACCAACAUUCAUUCAGGCAGACCGGGAGUACAUGUCCUCAGUUUCACUGAGUCUGCAAAACUUGUUACACUUGUCUUGAGUAAAUAACACCGGAUACUGAAGUAGGCAGCCAUGUUGACAGCUAGCAGAUGUGUACACACAGAGUUACUUCCCCUUAGCCAAUGCAUUCGAAUAAACAUUGCUGUAUUUCAGCUCAACGAUACUUUUGCCGGAUAAGGUUUGUUCCAAUUGAUUUCUCAGCGGGCUACAUGUAAAUUAGAAAUUAGAGGUAUUUUGGACAGACUGGGUGAUGCAGGAUGGAGGUAUCUACUGGACAGACUGGGUGAUGCAGGAUGGAGGUAUCUACUGGACAGACUGGGUGAUGCAGGAUGGAGGUAUCUACUGGACAGACUGGGUGAUGCAGGAUGGAGGUAUCUACUGGAUAGACUGGGUGAUGCAGGAUGGAGGUAUCUACUGGACAGACUGGGUGAUGCAGGAUGGUAGGAUGGAGGUAUCUACUGGACAGACUGGGUGAUGCAGGAUGGAGGUAUCUACUGGACAGACUGGGUGAUGCAGGAUGGAGGUAUCUACUGGACAGACUGGGUGAUGCAGGAUGGUAGGAUGGAGGUAUCUACUGGACAGACUGGGUGAUGCAGGAUGGAGGUAUCUACUGGACAGACUGGGUGAUGCAGGAUGGAGGUAUCUACUGGACAGACUGGGUGAUGCAGGAUGGAGGUAUCUACUGGACAGACUGGAUGAUGCAGGAUGGAGGUAUCUACUGGACAGACUGGGUGAUGCAGGAUGGUAGGAUGGAGGUAUCUACUGGACAGACUGGGUGAUGCAGGAUGGAGGUAUCUACUGGACAGACUGGAUGAUGCAGGAUGGAGGUAUCUACUGGACAGACUGGGUGAUGCAGGAUGGAGGUAUCUACUGGACAGACUGGGUGAUGCAGGAUGGAGGUAUCUACUGGACAGACUGGGUGAUGCAGGAUGGUAGGAUGGAGGUAUCUACUGGACAGACUGGGUGAUGCAGGAUGGAGGUAUCUACUGGACAGACUGGGUGAUGCAGGAUGGAGGUAUCUACUGGACAGACUGGGUGAUGCAGGAUGGAGGUAUCUACUGGACAGACUGGGUGAUGCAGGAUGGUAGGAUGGAGGUAUCUACUGGACAGACUGGGUGAUGCAGGAUGGAGGUAUCUACUGGACAGACUGGGUGAUGCAGGAUGGAGGUAUCUACUGGACAGACUGGGUGAUGCAGGAUGGAGGUAUCUACUGGACAGACUGGGUGAUGCAGGAUGGAGGUAUCUACUGGACAGACUGGGUGAUGCAGGAUGGAGGUAUCUACUGGACAGACUGGGUGAUGCAGGAUGGUAGGAUGGAGGUAUCUACUGGACAGACUGGGUGAUGCAGGAUGGAGGUAUCUACUGGACAGACUGGGUGAUGCAGGAUGGAGGUAUCUACUGGACAGACUGGGUGAUGCAGGAUGGAGGUAUCUACUGGACAGACUGGGUGAUGCAGGAUGGUAGGAUGGAGGUAUCUACUGGACAGACUGGGUGAUGCAGGAUGGUAGGAUGGAGGUAUCUACUGGACAGACUGGCUGAUGCAGGGCAGUGUGCUCCACAACUAGCUCGGAUGAUAUGAGGUUUAAUGUGGAACAUAAGGGUGACUACUUCCUCAGGGAAUCAGGUUGUGUUGCUUGUUCAUGUGAAGGUCCUUUCCUUUAUGUAAACAAGAUGAAUCGAUAUGAUGUACACAUACAUAUAUAUUAUAUAUACAUAUCCCAUAGAGUGGGGAGUUUGUUGUGUCCUGAUUGUGAAACGCAGCCAUUGCUUUCUUUAUGAAUCAAUUCGUGAUUGAAGUUGGUAAACAUGGCAAAAGUCCUACAGUGUUGGGACGUAGGCGGAGUAAAUCGGCAGCAAGCUCCGCCAUGUUUGGUUCAAUUGGUUUUAGUCCCACACAUUUAGUGGAACAAUCAGUGUCUACCUGCAGGGAAAUGUCAACAUUUGUUACCAAUUGGAAACAUUUUUAAAUGUAUUAUUUCUGUAACCGAAACUGUCAGCCUUCCUAGGGCCUAUUUCAACAGCCCUUUUUAUAAACCUAUUCAUUGUCUUCGGGAUAUUCCAUUCUGUAUCAGGUAAUGUGUUUAAGAGGUGCUAAACGAUUUCUUCACAAGUACACAUUAACUUAUUGUAUGUAUUCAGGAAUCUGUGAUUCAUGUGUGCCGAUUUUCAGUUUUUCCCUCUUCAUCUCGUAUUCCCUUCCUCAGCCUAUUUAGCCAGGAUGUCUCCUGUAAACACAGUAGAGAUAGUUGGGGGCUUGGGGAGGGCCUGGGGAGGGCCUGGGGAGGGCUUGGGGAGGGCCUGGGGAGGGCCUGUCAUUUGCUUUCAAGAUUACGUUCUUUCAGCUACAGCAAUUUUUGUGGGAGCCGGUUUCUUUUUUUGUUCACAGUCUGAAGCCUAGUUUUUUUUUCUCAAGAAUUUAUCCCUCCUUGAAUAUCUGAUGGUCGGCCACUCAAUGAGACCCGGGUUUGAUUCCUGACAUGGGUACAAUGUGUGAAGUCCAUUUCUAGUGCUCCCCACAUGAUAUUGCUGGAAUAUUGCUAAAAGUGUGCAUAAAACCACUCACUCACUCAAUGAGAUUGGUUCUGUUAAGAAAUGAUUCACGUUAUUGCGUGCAGAUGUUUGUCACAUGGAAAGAACUCAUCGUUACUCAUAAA